AUGCUAGGCCGCUGUGGUCGUCAGGCUUCGCGCCUCCUCCCGCGCCCUGUCGCCGCACUCCAACCACCUACACCACAAUGGCACCGUAUGGUGUCAUCAUCGAGUCGAGAUGGCCAGCAAUCGCUGCUGUCUGCAAAGCUUGAAGAGGCCGACCCUUCGGUGUACAACAUUCUUGAAAAGGAGAAAAAACGCCAGCAGCACUUUAUCAACCUCAUUCCGUCGGAGAACUUUACAUCCCAGGCUGUUUUGGAUGCGCUGGGCAGUGUGAUGCAAAGUGUGUACCCGCCAACGUUGUGCAUUGCAAGCGUAUACUGA